AAGCUUCCGAGCACAAACAUGAAGACUGACUCAGCAGCGCUUCUGCUCCUGCCCUUCACUUUACUCGCUGCAGCUCAGGGAGCUCAGAGGUGUUCCUCACCGCCGCAGUACCCUCGCACCGAGCUGCUGCAGAGGUUCACCUCCAAGCAGAGCUUCGACAGCGGCGACAAGGUUUACUACAACUGCGCCCAGGACUUCACCCCGUCCGGGGGGAUCAGGUCCUCACGGUGUCUGGACGGAAAAUGGAGUAAACUGACUCUGACAUGUGCAAAGAUAUUUUGUGGGAACGCCGGGGAGCUACCCAACGGGAAGUUCCUGUACGAAAAGGAAACGUACAUCGGGGAGAAACUCCACGCAGUUUGCAACGAGGGAUACGCUCUGAAGGGACUGGACUACAUGGUGUGUAACAGGAGCGGAUGGAGCGGGGAGUUUCCGUCUUGUGAAAAGGCUGAGACCACCUGCAGCCCCCCGGCAGUGGCAAACUCCGAGCCACAAAGCGAGACUCCGGUGCACCAUGUGGGAGUCAGCGUCAACGUCACCUGUAAGCAGGGUUUCCAGCUGAACGGAGCCUCUCUGAUCACCUGUGGGGCCAACGGUCAGUGGCAGCCUCAGCCCCCUCAGUGUCUUCACCGUCUGGUUAAAUUCCAACUGUUGUCAAUCGUAGCAAAAGAUGGAUGUGGAGCACCACCACCACCACCCGUCAGCCACUCCAAUGUGCACCUCUCCAACAAGUACAUCACAAUGACAUCAUUUCCCUCUGGUGCCAAAGUCUACUACAAAUGUAAUGCUGGAUAUGCUACAGAGGGAGGCAGCAGGUCUCGUGUAUGCAGCGAUGGAAAAUGGACGCCACUGACUCUGAAAUGUGAAGCGAAAAGUUGUGGUCAUCCAGGACAGAUUCUGAACGGACAGUUUGAAUAUUCAGGAGGCAUAGUGUUUGGAGCUACAGCUACAGCUGUGUGUGACGACGGGUACACGCUUGUAGGACGAGGCAUCAGACGCUGUACGAGCAACGGCUGGGAUGGACGUGUUCCUGUUUGUGAAGCUGUGGAGUGUGAAGAGCCAGAAAAGACGGAUGCAGAAAGGAAAACCUUCCAGGAGCCGCCGUACACCUACAGGAGUGUGAUUCGCUACGACUGUCGAGAAAAGACCCUCGUUGGAGAGCGGGAGAUAUGGUGUACCAAGGAUGGGACGUGGAGCAGCUCUCCUCCACAGUGCAGAGAUGUCACAUGUCCCUCCCCAAAUAUUCCCAACGCCUUCUGGGUUAACGCCCACAGACAAACAUACCGUCCACGAGACACCAUCGAUUCCUUCGAGUGUAGGCGUGGCUUUAAGCUCAGUGGAUCAAAAUUCAUCAUCUGCAAUGAUGAAGGUCAGUGGGAGCCUAAACUCCCCUCGUGUCAGCUUCAACGCCAGCCUCAAGCCUCAUCUUACCGUGUGAGAGGAUGGUACAAUGGGAGAGGCUAGCGGCUACCUAAAGUGCGUUCCUGCAUGAUUCAGUCCAACCUGCAGUAAAUCCUCAACAGCUAUAACUGAGAACCAACAAUCAUUUGAGCUAAGCAUGGCCUUGAACAUAAUACUGUUAAAAAUCGACCUUUAAUAAUGC